AUGCAUAUACUCCACCUAGAGCGGCUGAGCGCAGAUAUUAAAUGCACACCACCCUCGCUUGAUGGUGCAGAUGUGGCAAUAGCGGUCAGGCUGGCAGCCAGGCCUAUGCGACCAAAGCUUUCCAAACCAGCAGCGCGCCUACUGUUGGGGGCGGCACUUCCCCGUAAAUCUGGGGCAAAGCUGCGUCGCACCAGGCAAGUUAGCGCACCAGUUGUUGGCGGUCACUCGCUCGCCACUGGGCACCUGCAGCACGCUAACGACCGGGCUGAACAGAUGAUUCAGUGGCUGGAGGGGGAUUCGGAAAUCACCGUUGGCGGCAAAAGCAAAAUUGAGCGGGCUUUGACUCGCAUUGAUGGACGACGAGAAGAUAAGGUUAGUGGGAGGAAAAGUCCGACCGAGCAACGCAGCAGUGAAGAUGAGCCAUUGCAGUACGGGGACCAGCCAAGGGACAAGGGAGGAACAGAAACUCUAUCAUGUGCGUAUGUACCAGAGGAUGACCAAAACUCAGUCGAAUCAGUUUAUGGGAUGCCCAAGGACAAAUACAAUCGUGCGAUGAAGAACCGGUGGACGUCGUCCAGUGGGUACUUGAAGACGCAUAUCUUACGUGCGAACGCAGAAAUGCAAUGUGGAGGUUGA